CCAAGAACUUACUCCUUAGGAAUUAGUCUAACAGCACCGACCUGAUUAAGACGAAGUGAAAUGAGCAAGAUAUAAGCGUUACUACUAAAAUGGAUCCGAAGGAAUUUAAAAAAUUUGCCAAAGAAGCCAUCGACUAUGUGGUUGAAUACAAUGAAAACAUAAGGGACAGAACAGUUUUGCCAGAUAUCAGUCCAGGAUAUUUGCAUACCUUGCUCCCUGAAGAGGUACCCAAGCAUCCUGAGCACUGGACUGAGAUAAUUCCUGACAUUGAACGGUUUAUAAUGCCUGGUAUCACCCACUGGAAUUCUCCAAUGUUCAAUGCAUAUUUUCCAGCCGGCCAAUCAUACCCUAGUAUUGUCGGAGAUAUUUUAAGUUCUGGAAUUGGUUGUAUUGGAUUUAACUGGAUGACAAGUCCUGCUUGUACAGAACUUGAAGUUAUUGUGUUAGACUGGCUGGCAAAACUUAUGCACCUCCCUGAACACUUUCUUGCAAAAUCAAAAGGACCAGGAGGUGGAAUAAUCCAGGGCUCGGGGAGUGAAGGAAUACUAGUAGCACUGAUCAUAGCGAAAGACAAAAUGGUGAAAAUGGUCAAGAAGAACCACCCGGAUUGGGACGAAGAAUUAAUAAAGACAAAACUUGUUGCUUAUUCUUCAGAUCAAUCGAAUUCAUCGAUAGAAAAGGCAGGCCUUUUAGGCUCAAUGAAGACGCGACUGAUCCCUUCUGACGAACAUGGCAGGCUCGAUGGUAACUCCCUGAAAGCUGCGUUUUUGGAAGACAAAAAGAAAGGUCUUCUGCCAUGCUUUGUCGUCGCAACUCUAGGGACAACAGGGACUUGCGCCUUUGACAAUCUUAAUGAAAUUGGUCCUAUCUGUCAAAAUGAACAUGUAUGGCUUCAUGUUGAUGCAGCAUAUGCUGGUGCUGCGUUUAUUUGCCCAGAGUACACAUAUUUAAUGGGUGGAGUAGAAUAUGCCGACAGUUUCAAUAUGAACCCGCAUAAAUGGCUAUUGAUCAAUUUUGAUUGUUCCGCGUUCUGGAUUAAGGACCGAAAUUGUCUGAUAGACGCUUUUUGCGUUGAUCGCAUCUAUCUCCAAGAGAAGUGUAACACUGACAAAAAAUGGUGCCCGGAUUUUCGUAAUUGGGAGAUUUCGUUGGGAAGAAGAUUCAGGGCGUUGAAGCUGUGGUUGACACUCAGACUUUACGGUACAUUGAACCUACAGGCAUACAUAAGAAAGCAUAUUUCUCUUGCUAAACAAUUUGAGCUAUAUGUGAAGCAAGAUAGCAGGUUCGAACUGAUAACCCCAGCAAGCAUGGGCCUUGUCUGUUUCCGAAUAAAAGGAGAAGAUAAGAUUACAAAAGACCUUGUAACCGCAUUAAUUAACAAAAAACGCAUAUAUGUUAAUGCGGCAACUUUCAAAGACAAAUAUUUCAUCCGCUAUGCGAUUUGCAGUAGGUAUAUGGAGCAAGAGGACGUCCAGCUGGCUUGGAAAAUGAUAACAACAGAAGCAAGUUUGAUUUUAGCAAAAAAGGAAAUUAAACUCGAUGAAUUUAUAGCCCAUGAUAAAAAUGAAAACAAUUUAUGGGGGAAAGUUUUGGAAGAAUCAUUAGUGCCUUAUCUCAUAUGAAAAACAAGAUAAAAGAAAAUUACAAUCAUUAAUUUCUUUAAGAAAAAAAUACGUAAGAAUUAUAAACAAAUUUGAAAUUGUAUUUGAACUAAAUUUGACUUGAUUUUCAGUUAUUAGCUUAUUCGAAACUGUUUCUUGGUGAAAUUAAAAUAGCAGUAAAUGUAGUUUUAUUUUCUAUAUUUUAACGCUACCACAAUAAAUUCAGAUUUUCUC